AUGAAGAGGAAACCGAGUUUGCGAAAGCUCUGGUACGCCAAUGUCUACGAUGCUAGCAAUGACGGCUAUGUGAGAGACGUUGAGCUCAAUAUGGAUUCUUUGCUACGGCUGAAGCAUCACAUGCUGUCGUUCACCAAGAACAAGCAAAGGAAGGUUCUACUAGAUCCGCAAGCUCCUGACUACGAGGAUGUUUUUAUAGAAAAGGGUAACCCUAUGGGUCCGGACGAUAUCCUAGAAGCAAUUAAACCGCUGGCUCUUCGUAUACCAGUGCCACAGAGGGAGGAAAUUCCUGUUCUUCCACUGAGUGAUCUACUAAAAGCUUUGCAUUAUUAUAGCAGCCACAGUGGCCUACAGGAGCACUCUUGUGACGAGACGGCUCUACUUAGCUUGGGUAUGCUUGUGGAGCAGUGGGCAGAUGAGCUUGUCACAGAUGAUUAUGCAAAGAUGUUUGCUGAGGAAUCACAGGAUUUGAAGGGCAAGUUGCUACCAAACGACAAAGAGAAAAUCAAGCAGCCAAGACAGUACGUGUCAGAAUCGGAAGAGUCAGAUGUGAUAUCGUUAGACAUGAACUUCAGCGAUGUGGACUCGGAUUUUGAGAUUGAGGUUCCGGAAGCUCCAGACAGAGAGAAUGUUCAGAAAUCUCAAGAGACCGAAGACCAUAGCAGCUCUCCGAGUGACUCAGACAGCGAGUCGGAAUCUGAAAGUUCGAGUUCAAGCAAUUCAGACUCUGAAGAAGAAACCCAGUCACAGGUUUCACACGGUCAACAGGCAGCGGACUACUCAGAUGCUUCUGAAGAUUCCGAGCUCUCCAGCUCAGACUCGCUCAACGACUUUAUAUCAAAUGAUGAGGGGUCUCGACAGGCGGGCUCCAGCUCGGAAGAGCCCGAUUCUGAAAGCGAAAACUCAGAUUCAGACUCCGAAUCAAGUGAAACCGAUCCCGUGGAAGAUUCCUCCGUCUAA